AAGCCCAUCCCUACCAAGUACUUUCCCAUCCCUAACCACUGAUGAUGACUUCAUACAUCAAGAUUUGAACAAGACAUCUGCAUCAUUAUCUACCAAUACUAUGAUAUGCAUUGAACAUUUUUGCUACAAUCAAGACAAGUCUCAUGAACCAGAAGCAGAUACUUAUAUUCAAUCAACUUUGGCUAUACCAGACAAAAGAAAAACUAUGCAACUUGACUCUAACACUCAUACAAGUAUUCCUCAUUUGAAAGAAUGUGAGUCAACUCAAGAAGCCAUUACAUCCAAGAACAUUGGAAGUCAAAGAAUAUUACAGGAACACAUGAAAUCAAGACAUUUUGCUCAAGGAGAUCAAGUCAAAUUACUGUUACCAGAUUUCAGUAACAAACUGUUUUACAAAUGGCAAGGUCCUUUCCACAUCAUCAGAAAGAUUUCCAACCUGCUUUAUGAAAUCAAUGUCAACAAGGUUACCAGAGUAUUUCAUGUUCAUAUGUUUGAACAUUACCAUGAAACAGAUAAUGAAGACAUCAAAGCAAAAGUUGAUAAUUUUACAAGCUUAGCAACUAUCCCUGAAGAAGAAGAAGAAACAUCAUCAACACCCAUUCCUGAGAUAGAUGUUUCAUUACCAGCAUCAAAUCAAAUUGACAUUCCAAAGGUCAUCACUCUGGAUGACAUAGCACUACAGCAAGUGAAGGACACUAAAGUGUUUCCAGACCAUGCAGAUUUCUUUACCAGUGUUUCUGAAACAUUUCCAGUACUGCAGUUUGAAAGAAACUCAGAGAGCAACAACAUUGACAACACCAAGUUUCAUCCUCCGUCCACUCAAGGGGCAACUUUUCUUCAGAAAGGAACAAAUGAACUUCUUCAACAUUGCUGUAUUGACCGAUUGAACUCAGACAUGUUCAGUCAUUGCUCUAUUGAACAUUCUAAUGCAAAGCAUUCUUCUACCAUUGUUCGACAGCGUCAACGUUCAUCAACCAGAAAAUUGAGUUUUGGUUUCGGACAGUUCUUAUUUUCCCCAAACUCAAACGCGGUUCAAUCAGACAUUAUCUGUGAGAUCAAUAUGACAUGGAGACAACAGCUUCAUAAACUGAAAGACCUUUUCUUCAAGUUUAGAAAACGCGUACACACAUCGGCAACUCAGAAGGGUUCUGAACUUCACACUUACAUUUUAUAUAUGUACUAUACCAUAUUUAGUGUCACUUGAUCCAUUAUCAUUCAUACUCGUCAAGGAAGAACAUUAUCCAGUUAUAUUUAAUUAAUUAAUUAAUUUGUCUACUCAUUUUUCACAGGAGUUCUAUAUCAGAUUAUGUUGCAUUUUUUUCAGCACCAAGCAACCCACUGAGGAAGGUCACUCAUUCAAGAUACUUUGUUUAUUAUGUUUCAGCAUCUUUGCAUAUGACAUGCAUCAGUCAUUUUAAUUUUUAAAUCAUGUACAUUUUAUUUCAGGAAUUUUAUUUCAGGUAUGUUAUUAUUGCAUAUAUCCUAUUAUAAUAGUACAGAUACAUGACUUAUAAUUGAAAUUCUUCAUUGCUUCACACAUAUUAAGAUUUGUAUUACAUUUAGUAUCAUUAUUCAGAAGAUUGUCAUGUAUACAUCAAUUUUUUCUAUGUCAAUUUUUCAUAUGCAAUAUAUUUUUUCCAUGUACACAUUUUCACAUUAGUACUAACCAAAUGAGUUAUAAUGUCAUAUUUUAAUUUUAUCAUGAAGCACCAUGAAGAGAAGUAACUCAUUCAAUUCAAGAUUUAAUUUAUUCAAGUAUUAUGCUUUGUACAACUUUUGAUAUUGUCUCAUUUUCAUAACCACUUGAAUAGUGAAACAGGUGUUCUAAGUCAUCAAUAAUUUUGUUCUCAUAUACCUGACACUGCAUUUACAUUUCUUUUUAAUGUUAUCUUCAAGUUGACUUUAUUUUUCAGAGCAUUGUCAUAUGUUACCUCAACCAUUUUUCUAUAAUUUCAUGUAUGGUAUCUUGUGUAUAUUUAAAUAUUUUUAAUACAUAUGAGCAUUUCUAUUACCAUACAAAUGCUAAAUGGAGGGGGGGGGGUAAUAUGUCACAGAUGCCAUUAUAGAUUUAUUUGUAUAUUUCACAUUUAAAAGCUUAUGUGUAAAUAGAAAUAUAAACCCUUGACUGAGCCUCAGGAAUUACCCCACAAAUCUAGACCCUUGACAGAACCUCAUGUUUUACCCAAGACGUAAUUAUGAUGUUGCAAAUCUAUUGGUUGAUUUGAAAAUAAAUAAAGACAUUUUUUUUAAAAGUGUUAGCGCCAGAGAAUUGACGAGGGAAAAAGAAGGCCAGUCGAUGAAAGAAUGUCCUAGUAGAUAGUCACGUUUCUAAGAGCUCUGAUUUAAAGCCUUUGUAAUGUUUUUUAUACGUGUUGAUCUGUAACUUGUACAUAAGCUGUACUUACGUUUUAUAUUUAAAUAAAGUUCCAGAGUUGUGUUUUAGCAAAGAAUCUUUUAUUGUGAUUCCUAGAUCGUCAUUUAUUCAACUAUUUUAAUUCAAGUAAAAUCCCCGGCACCACAACACACGUUGUGACAUCGUGUGUGUUGUGACAGUGUGAAACUCCCCAAUAAAAGAUAGG